UGAAAAUCACCGUGAAAUUAACGUUAAUGUGCCGUAUUUGAGUGAAAGGUUGUUUUGUACGGUCGGGCGGAGGGAUACUGCAGCCUUGCGUUGGAAGAGGAACACCGGCCGAUACUUGUGUUUUAAGGUAUCUUUACAUUAGCUACGCGUAGUCGGAUUCACUUCACGUUUUAAAUGAUAGAAACAUUUUAGUAAACAUUUAUCCGAGCCGCAGGCCGUGUGUAUGGAUUUCUUGAGGUCGACGUGUCAUUGAAAGAAUCCAGGUAACGUUGCCAGAAUGCCACUACAUGGAAAAAUAGUUGUGGUUAAGCGGAGCGGAGGAGACGGCACGGAAUUUCCUCUGACUGCAUCGUGCUUGUUUGGAAGGAAGCCUGACUGUGAUAUUCGUAUUCAGCUUCCCCAAGUUUCGAAGGAGCACUGCAGAAUUGACUUGAAUGAAAAUAAAGAGGUUAUACUAACAAAUUUGAGCUCAGUGAACCCGACCCGUGUCAACGGAGAGGUGCUGCAACAGUCUGAGCGUUUGAAGGAUGGUGAUGUCAUAACCAUUGUUGACCGUUCUUUCAGGUUUGAGUACCCUCCAGCACCCACGCCGAAGAAAUUUAUCAAAGGAAGCAAAGCCGGAACCCCCAAAUCCCAUCUUAAAGAUGGAACUAACCACAAUAUCCAGCGAUCACUGGAGCAAACUAAGGGGAAGGACCCCAAGGAGGACGGUGACACGCAACAAAGCAAUACAGUGUCUCCUUUUAGUGAUCUCUAUCAAAUGAUCAGAAAAUCUCUGGAUGUUAGGACCCCUCAGAAAUCUACUGGCACUAACAUCCGGACGCCAUCGAGGAAAAUCAAUGUUUCUACAAAAGGCACACCAAAAGUGGCAGAGGCCACAGUCUCUCAUGGCGAAGCUGAAGCAGAGGCUAAAGGUACAAGUAAUGUCGUCCCGACAUCUGACAAGAAGCGUAGCAAUUCCCCCCAGAUUAUCCCUUCUGAUGUGAUGACUCCCGCUAAAAAUGCAGCAAAUAAGUCUGAAGCGAGCUCUCCACAGACAAGGCAGCGUGUCACUCCUCAGAGGUUUAAUGCCAGUGAUGAUGUUGAGCGAAUUUGUACUCCAACACUCAAGUCGCCCGUGAGACGCAGGAGCACGGAGUCCACACCAGCCAAGCAAGAUGACAAAGUCAUGUCCAGUCCACACAAUAAAAACUCGCCAGGAGUCAUCAAAAAAGGGGUGGCAAAUAAACGCAAAAGCGCAGAGCUUGCGCUUGACUCACCAGCACCACAUAUGAAGAAGAAAUGUGUUUCUUUUGGAGGUUACCUGGUUCCUGAGCUCUUUGAUAAAAAAAUGCCCCCUGAUUCUCCCCUACGCAAAGGCGAGAAUCCUAGAAGGAGCCUCUGUCUUGUUAAACCCAAACAAUCACUGCUGAGACGAGCAUCAGUCAUUGGCCUGCUAAAUGUGGCUGAAAGUCCCACAAAAAAGAGCUCCAGAUCUCCAAACGUUUCUGUGAGGAACUCUCCAAAAGGACGCUCCCCAUCAUCCAAAGAGCCAUCCCCAGGAAAGAAGACUCCAAAACCAAGGACACCUUCUCCUCAUAAGAAGUCUCCAAAAUCUACACCAGCGAAGUCACCGAGACCCAACACUCCAUCUGCCAAGGCCUCAUUGUCAGGACAGAAAUCAUCCAAAUCAAGAUCCUCUUCGGAUAAGACAUCACCAAGGACACCUUUGCCCAAGUCAGCAAAAUCUACACCAACCUCACCCAAGUGGCCGACUCCUGUUAUAAAGUCAUUAAAACCCAACACACCAUCUGCCAUUGUGUCAAUGUCAAGAAAGAAAUCUCCCAAAUCAAGAUCUUCCCCAGAAUCUUCAGAAAAUACAUCACGGACACCUUUGCCCAAGUCUCCAAAAUCUACACCAGCCUCGCCCAAGUGGGUGUGUCUUACUAUGAAGUCACCAAAACUCAACACACAGUCUGCCAAGGCUUCAUUGUCAGGUGAAAAAUCACCAAAAUGGAGGUCUUCUUAUCCAGCUUCUUCUGAGAAGACAUCAAAACUCAGCACACCGAGGAGAACAUCUUCCUCCAGCAACAAAUUAGAAACUCCUUUGACCAUAGGGCCGACAUGCAAGGAAACACCCACCAGCACAAAGAGGACAUCCCCCAGGCUUACCACUCAGGGAAAUGGCAACAAAACACCAGUGAAAGCACCCCAGGGCACCCAAAUGAACAUUUCAUCCGUACAAGGACGCUUUUCUGUGUCUCGCAUCGAAACUCCAACACCAAUGGCAGAAGCUGCAAUCGUGGAUCCAGUGCAGUCAGCCACGGUGAUACCCAAAAUCCCUCUGAAAAGGAAACUCAUGAAGAGUGCUUCACGCAAGACUCCUUUGGCGAAGAGUGCUAUUAAAGUCAUGAUCAGAAGAAGUGGCAUUUCACGGGCAUCAAUGAAAGCAAUGAGUUCUUGGGCGGACACUGUCAGGUUCGGGCAGGUUAAGGUCCAAGCGGCUGUCCCAGCCAAAAAGACAGUAAAAAGUAUUGUAACAACUACAAAGGCUGUGAAGAAGAAGGUGUCCAGACCACAGACUCCUCUAAGAAAGCAGCUGGGCCAUGCAAGCACUGGACAUGCAGAUUCGCCUGUUACGAUCGUUGUGGGCCGAGCUUUCACGCAGAAAGUUUCGCACCCAACUGGUGCUGCACCAAAAGUCAUCUUCAAUACAGUAAUCUCAAAGAAAAACAUGAAAAUGGAUGAGGAUUUAUCUGGAAUCUCUGAAAUGUUUAGAACACCUUUAAAAGAGGUGGCGAGAAAAUUGGAAACCAACAGCAGCAGCACCACAAAGACACCAUUGCUAGUUAAUGAGCCAGCUGUGCUAGAGCCUUCUGUGCUGAAUACUCCUGAAGAGCCAGGUGAAAUGGUCGUAUCCCCACUCACUCUUGCAUCUACUGCAAAAGCAGGCCGAUACAACAAAGAGGCAGUGAAGCGCCUUCUGAAUGGCAGUCAAGAAUCCAGUUUCAACAAUUUAUCUUCUGGUAUGGAAAUUAAGGAUGAUUCUGUUGAGCAGCAAUACACAGGAAUGAAGGCGAGCGACGUAACAACUCCUAAGCAGAAGCCGCAACCAUCAGUGUGUCUCACUGGUGUUAGGAGACUCAUGAAGACCCCAAGACAGAAGGCUGAACCUGUGGAGGACAUCAGAGGAAAACUCCUGAAAACACCAAAACAAAAACCUGAGCAACAGGAAUGCCUCACCGGCGUGAAGAGGAUCAUGAGGACCCCCAGACAGAAGAUUGAACCUGUUGAGGAUCUGAGUGGAAAACGUCUGAAAACUCCAAAGCAGAAGUCUGAGGAAAAAAACAUUUUUACCACCCCGACAGCAAGUGAACACAUUAACCUACAACGGAAACUCCUCCAAACUCCCAAGGAAGCAGAAGAUGCUGAUGUUUCUUUCAGUGGUAUUGCAGACCUUCUGGAGACACCGGCAAAAGAUUCACAUAACCUCGUAACACCAGCUAAAGAAUCGCAAGACCUACCAGAACAGACAAACUCAGCAACUCCAAAAGUGAGCAAUUCCCCGAUAGACUGCUUCGCUGGUAUCAAGAAAGUAAUGAAAACACCUAAACAGAGAAGUGCACCUUUUGAAGGCAUUCUUGGAAUUGAGAGGCUCAUGAAGACUCCCAAAGUGCGAAGUGAACCAGUGGAGGACAACUUCGGUCCCAAGCAGCUCAUGAAGUCACCCAGGCUGAGGGGUAGUGCUCCCCUAGAGGACUUUGAGGGACUUCAAGAGCUCAUUAAGGAACCAGUUGAGUUUAAAGAUCACCCUGCAAGUAGUUACUUGGAUGAAGAAAAAGAUUUUAUUCAAGGACAACCAGAGGACAAAGUGUCAUCAGGUGUGACGCAUGACACUCCUCAACUUGACAUCUCAAGAGAGAAAACUGAAGUUUUGGUGGAGGUUCCCAGUGUUGCUUGUGAGUCAUUAGAAGCUAAGAAAGCAGUUUCCCAGGCUGUAUCAGAGGCUGCACCAGGAGUGACAGAAAUGCACACGGCUUCUAUUGAGUCGGCCAAUUCAAAGAAAUCAGUCCAAGGUAGAAGGGCCAAAAUAGCGGAACCCAAAGUGGCUGAACCGGUCACAACAGAAUCAUCUGAAGGUCCUGUUGUCACAGCUCUUGUCAGAGGAAGAAGGGGGAAGAAGGUAGACCCUACUGAACCACCUGCAGAAGAAGCAAUAGUGGCCCCAAAGACGAAAAGAGGAAGAUUUGCCAAAAAGGUUGAGACAGUCCAACAGGCUGCCCCUGAAACUUUGCCAGAGCCUGAGAAUGAGCAGAGUCUCCCAGUUGAUAUUGAACCUGUAUUGAAAAACAGUGUUGCACCUUUGGAAAACGAGGCUGUGAAACCUAAAAGAGGAAGAUAUGCCAAAAAGGCCUUGGAACAAAUCGAUACGUUCCUCGACGCUGCCACUGAAACUUUGAUGGAGCCUGAUAGUGAACCAACUCUCCCAGAGAAUAUUGAGCCUCCAAUAAGUGACAGUGUUGCACUUUUGGAAAAAGUGGCUGUGAGGCCCAAAAGAGGAAGAUGCGCCAAAAAGCCCUCAGAACAAAUAGAAACGAUCGCUGAAGCUGCCACUGAAACUUUGCCGGAACCUAAGGGUGAGCAGACUCUCCCAGUUGAUAUUGAGCCUGCAAUGAAUAAAAGUGUUGCACCUUUAGAAAGAGAGUCUGUUCAACCUAAAAGAGGACGAUAUGCCAAAAAGGUUGAGACAGUCGAACAGGCUGCCACUGAAACUUUGCCAGAGCCUGAGAGUGAGCAGAGUCUCCCAGUUGAUAUUGAACCUGUAAUGAAAAAGAGUGUUGCACCUUUGGAAAACGAGGCUGUGAAACCUAAAAGAGGAAGAUAUGCCAAAAAGGCCUUGGAUCAAAUCGAAACGUUCCUUGAAGCUGCCACUGAAACUUUGAUGGAGCCUGAUAGUGAACCAACUCUCCCAGAGAAUAUUGAGCCUCCAAUAAGUGACAGUGUUGCACUUUUGGAAAAAGUGGCUGUGAGGCCCAAAAGAGGAAGAUGCGCCAAAAAGGCCUCAGAACAAAUAGAAACGAUCGCUGAAGCUGCCACUGAAACUUUGCCGGAACCUAAGGGUGAGCAGACUCUCCCAGUUGAUAUUGAGCCUGCAAUGAAUAAAAGUGUUGCACCUUUAGAAAGAGAGUCUGUUAAGCCUAAAAGAGGACGAUAUGCCAAAAAGGUUGAGACAGUCGAACAGGCUGCCACUGAAACCUUGCCAGAGCCUGAGAGUAGGCAGAGUCUCCCAGUUGAUAUUGAACCUGCAAUGAACAACAGUGUUGCACCUUUGGAAAAAGAAGCUGUGAAAUCUAAAAGAGGAAGAUAUGCCAAAAAGGCCUUGGAACAAAUUGAAACAAUCCCUGUAGCUGCCACUUUGCUGGAGCUUGAUAUUGAGCCUGCAGUGACUGACAAUGUUGCACCUUUGGAAGAGGCUGUGAAACCCAAGCGAGGAAGAAAACCCAAACAAUUUUCUCACUGUAAACAAGCUCAGUCUUCUGCCUGCAGUGAUGUUUCCCAAGAUAACACUCAACAAGAUAACAGUGAAGGCAGUGGUGACCGCCAGGGCCAGAUGCCAAGUGAACACCAUGAAAAUAAAUCUUCAGAUUCUGCUAAGAGUUUGCCAGAAUUUAAGACUGCAACAGAGAGAGACAUCACUGUCGUUCAGAAGUCGUCUCUUCGAGGCAGACGGGGCAAACUGGUGGAAAAUACAGCGGAGGAAGAGAAGCAGGACACGGGUUUUGAAGAAGCUCUCGUCUCAGCUCCAGUCAGGGCCAGAAGAGGGAAGAGAAUUGAAGCAACCGCCACACCCGCAGGCAGACAAACUACCAGAAAUAGGAACGCAAAGACAAAGAAAGAUGCUUGUGAUGCUCAGUCUGUCAUGGUGCCAGAGAAAGAUAUGGAGUUAAAUUUGGUGACAGGAACUUCAGAAACCCACACCAGUCAAGAUGAUGUCAGAAUGUCUGAUGAGGACUUGGUCAACAAGUCGACUCGGGGCAGAAGAGCUAAGCACACACCUGUUGAACCCCCUCAGCCCAAACUAGAAAAAACGCUGGAGAUUGAACAGCCUUCUGUCUCUGUACAACCACAGCUACCAGCACCAACCAAUAAAAAGGGAAGAGGCAGAAAAGUGAUCUCUGAGACAGUUGAGCUAGAGGAACAUGAAAAAGAUGAAAUCAUCUCUGAGGAAAUAAAGCAUCAGUCCAAGCCUCUCGCCAGAACCAGAGGAAGAAACGCAAAGCACAAAGAAGAGCUAGAUAAUAGUGACAAGACUUCCAUAGUAGCACAGUCUGUACUCCAGGAGAUAAUAAAAACAUCAGGUGAGCAAACUGUUGAUGUGGAAAAUCCUGUCCAAGUGCAAGCUGAAGCACCACAAUUUUCUGAACCAGAGCAAAUGAGCGAACACGCUUCUAGCAGUACAAAAACAAGACGAGGAGUGGUACAAAAACUAAAGCAAGAAGCAGUUACUCCUCGGUCGGCAGAGAACCAAGAUAGUCCUAUUGAGACUCCAACAGAAAAACCCAAACGAGGAAGGCAAGCAAAACAAGUUGAAGAUGGUACCACCUCAGAAGAAACUGAUAUUGCAACAAGGCGAGUGGUACGAAAACCAAAGCAAGAAGUUACUGUUGAAUCUGUAGAGAACCAUGAUUGUCCAAUUGGAACACUAACAGAAAAACCCAAACGAGGAAGGAGAGCAAAACAAGUUGAAGAUGUUACCACCUCUGAAGUAAAGGAAAAACCUGAACCUCAACAGAAACCGCAACGGGGAAGGGGUUUGAAAACUAAUUUGAAAAACGAGAUGCCACAAGUCGUUCCAGCCAAGAGAGCACGACGAGGGUUAGCCUUUGCCUGUGACGGAGGCCAAAGAAGAAGUUCCAGCGUCAGUCACAGUACCGGAGUCAGCUACAGCUUCAUUAGAACCAGUCAAAAGGGGAAGACUACAAAAACCUGUAAGAUCAGUGAAGUGGAACCUAGAGGUCGAAGUUCAUGAGCUUCCGAAAAGACCCGUGAGAGCGGUGCGAGGCAAGCGGUCGAGCCCUGGUGAUCACGCUGUGACUCUAAGCCAGAGUGAGUCAGAUGCUGAUAAAACUGAAGAGGACCUCUCAGAAAAAGCAGUGGAACCUCAGCCUGCCAAGAGACCCAGGCGAGGGGCAAAGGUUGCAAAUGAAACAGAGUCCACCAGCGAGGUAGCCACCAAGGAAGCUAAAGAUACUCCGACCCAGCCAAAAACCAGAAAAGGAAGAUCAACCAAGAAAUGAACACCUCUGUAUAAAGGCUAAUCAGAACGUUUUUUUGUUUUUUUUUUUGUUUUUUUUUUUUUGCCAUCAGGCUUUUGUAAUUGGCACUGUUUUAUGAAAUGUCUUUUUGGGUCAUGUUUUAGAUUAAAAAUUAAGCACUGUUCUUUUUUUUUUACAGCAGGGAAUUUUAUCCACUUAUUUUAA